GUGAAAAUUAAUGUCAAUGCUGUACAUGCAGAGAGCUAGCUAGAGAUGAGGUGCACUUACAACUUCCAUAUAAUAAUCAUAGUAGAUUUCAAGAAACUUAAGUAGAUCUAACCUCCUGGUGGUUAGUUAUUGCAGACACUACAAAUCUAAGACAAAAUUUGGACACAAGACCAACAUAAAAGACAACUGAAGGAUGAAAAGUCAUUGGAAUCGGUCACAGCUGGUGAACCAAAACAUACUUUUGUGUAUCAUAGGCAUCUUCUUUCUUUCGAUGCCUUACAAAGCCCGGAGUGAAGUUUGUUCGUUUGGAGCAAACGAUAUUGACAGUCUAUCCAAACCUCUAUCAAUAAACCCAGGUCGAUAUUUUGACCUAAAUAAUACAGCAUCAUGUGAUGGAAAUAUUACGUCAAUACGGUAUUGUUUGCUGGACACCAAUCCAACAAAUAAUUUCUCGGUUCAAAUUUGGAGAAAAGCAAAUGAUGGCUACACUAUGAUGAAGGAGUACCCCAUUAAUGUUACAAUGAGUCAUAAUGACGGUAUUAUGAUUAAUAACUCCAACGCUGUUUGCAAGAGAAUAACGAUUAACGGAGAAAAUUCAUUUCAAGUGUUUACAGGAGACAUUAUUGGACUGUAUUUUGAGACUGCGACUUUCGGCAUACUUGCUACUAGUUUGAGCCACUCUGACUAUGGAUUAUACUAUGACACAAGAACAGGCACCGAGGUUCAAGAGGAAAUGAGUGUUGCCUUAACUGACCUCAGUUUCAAUACUACCAUUCAAUACCACCUUAAAGUUCAAGUCGGAAAUGAGCUAACAUCACCUGAACAGAGGUUAUCAACCAUUAUGAAAACUCAGCAGACUGCUGCUCAAUACAGCAGCUCACCUAUCAUAUUUCAAACAUCCACAUCAAAGCUAAUAAAACAUAUUGCGCCAACAGCCUCGCAAUUGAUGACUGAAGUAGCGAUCAGCACAUCCUCCUUUGGGACAAAAGUGCAAAUGACUGCACAACCUACAGAGUUCAUACUGACAAUUUCCACUUCAGUCCCAAUGACAAUUUUACCCACCCCCAUACCCUCACGAAUGCCUGAGGCUACAACAAGCUUAAGUCUGAGUUUAAACACUAAGAGCUCAAAAUUGAAUACACCAUUGCCGACCAAUGUGCAAGUUUCUGCUACAAGUGAGAAGAGUAGAGACUAUGUUAAAGCGUCAUUGGUACCUCCUGUUCCUCCCGGAAGGCCAGACAAUCAAGUUAACUCUCAGACAAUAAUCGUGAUAGCUGGUGUGUCAGCUGGAUGUGCAGUCUUGGUGUUACUGGUAGCCAUAGCAAUUGUUGUAUGCACAAUACUCGCACGAUCAAGAAGAGCGGUUCUGGUCCACUCCUCAAAGAAAGUAAACUCACGGUUACAAGAAAACAAUGUAUUUGAAUUCAAUAAUAAUACUGUGAGUAAUAGCAUUCCAGAAACAGUGCUAGUAAAUGAGAUUCAUCUCACAGAAAUUUCUUUACCAUGUUCACAAGACAGCAGCCAGGGAAACGUAUCUGAAGAUGACAAUUACAAUCGGUUACAGAAUGGAGUACCUUCUUCAAACAAACACAUGAGUGUUCACAUCUACAACACAAUCGAAACUCUCCGAAGAGAACAGCCAUUCCUACUCAUUGGUGCACCAACCGAGAGGUCACAGUCCGAGAUGAAUGAUUAUGAAAUUCCAGUACCGUCUCUUGGCAACACCACAGCUGCAAUAUCGCUAGAGAGCGUACAAGCAUCCACUAGAACAACAAUGACUUUUAUUCCCACAGACUAUGAAGUACCGCAAUCGUUGUCGGGGUACUUUAGUGAUGGUACGGUGCAGUGUGCUUCCUCGAGUUCAUCUUAUAUGUCCAUUCCUGAAGAACCAUUUGCUAUAGACAGUGACUUGGAGCUAUGGAGAAAGUGCAAGCAACAACUGGACACCGCAGUUCAAAAACAAAAUAGAACUGAGACAAGGACAAGAUCCAGAGCUGCUUCAAUGGACGGCCCUUACAACCCACCACCCAGUGAUCUGGCACAGCUUCACAGAAAGUUGAAAGAGCUCUCUAUAGAGAUCAUAUCAAUGAAGGAAAUACGGACCGAUUUAGGGAUGCUCCAAUCAUCACUUAUAACCCAGAAAGCCGUCUUAAAGAAGAAAAGUGGACACGAGAGACAAGUUAUUAUACAGUCUCCAGAUCCAGCAGGAACAGAAACACAGGCUACAACACUCUUACUUCAAGAAGCAGUAAUCAUGGGGCAAAUACGACACCCCAACGUUGUUUCACUGCAUGGACUUAUAAUGGAAGACAAAAAGGUCAUGCUAGUUGUGGAGCAAUUUCCAAAGGAGGACUUGAGGAGGUAUCUAGUACAAAUGGGACGAAGUGUAAUUCAUGAGGAUGCUCCCAAACUGCUACUGACUUUCUCUCAACAAGUUGCUCUAGGGAUGCAUUAUCUGGCCAGCAAAGGAUUUGUACACAGAGACCUGGCUGCUAGAAACGUCUUUGUGACCAAAAAUGACACUUGCAAGGUAGGAGAACUUGCCAAGUGUCUGGAAUAUGCCGAUCCUGAGGAUUACGUCAUCAAUGGAGGGAAGCUGCCUAUUCGCUGGAUGCCGCCAGAAGCAAUGUACAGGAAAAGGUACUCGACUGCCAGUGAUGUGUGGAGCUAUGGUUGUCUCCUCUAUGAGAUAUGGAGUCUGGGACGAAUGCCGUUCAGGGAGUACACAAAUGCACAGGUAAUUGAGAAGAUAGACUCUGGCUACAGGAUACCACCGCCACCUGGCUGCCCCAGGGUCAUCUAUGACCUAAUGAUACAAUGCUGGCACCCCUAUCCCCUCUCACGGCCAACUUUCAAAGACAUCCUGAACACCCUUCUUGGAGAUGAGGCUCAAGUCCUGCAGAUACCAGCUAAAGACGCAGCCACUCACGAUGCAGCCAUUGUGCUUGGAGCAAAACUUGAAGCCGGGAAAUAUCUAUACCGAGAUCUCCAAACCAUGCAUAGUGAGCGACCUGGGGUACAGAAAUUCCCAGUCGGCUUGCAUGACAGUCGACCAAUCAGACCACGGUCGCCGCAAAUAUCUAAACGACCUCAGCGGAGUUCAGACUACGAUCACAUUUCACACAGCAAAGUUAUGAUGACGGCUUUUCCAACAUCUUCUGCAGCUAUUGAUCACAUGUACAAAAGCCAGCCGAAAAAUAAGAAAGGAAAUGGAACUGCCGUUGAAUAUGAUUUUGAUCCAUCCACUUUUUUGUUCCGACAGAGAUUAUUAACUGACGAUAGAAGUGACUAUGCUGAUAUUGGUGACUAAUUCUUGAUUAUUUAUAUUUAUUUAUGGGCUGUUUUCAGCUAAUACCUCGCUCUAACUAUACAUGAUGUGAUGGUUCUAUAAAUGAAAAAAAAUAAUGUAAAUUGAAGGGUACUGA